UACGAAAGGAAAGCGAACUAGAGGACCAACUAUGUGCAAAGAUGUCCAUGCAUGGACAGCAGAGGACCGCAAGCCUAUUAUUCUUAAUGAAAUGGGGAAGCCUAUUGGUCCAGAUAAGAAAACUGUAGACAAAUUUUCAAGAUUCCUUGGUACUUUAGCUCGUAAUUCUUCUCUAGCACCAUUGAACAAGCUUAAUUGGCAUCAUGUUGUAGACAAGGACAAGAUUUGGAGUUAUGUUAAGAUACAAAGUGAAAAGAAAAGAGAAAGCAGGUUAAUUCAAACUGAUAGGCACACUAUGGGUCCAACAAGCUUUGUUAGGAAACAACAUGAAUUGCAACAACAAGAUGCUGAGAAAAAGCCACCGUCACAAGCACUAUUGUAUAAAGAAACUCGAAAAAGGAAAGCAGACAAAAACUACAAAACAUCCUUUGAGCCUAUACAAAGGAACAUUGAGAAGAUGGAGGAGGUCCAAAAGGAAAGUCAAAUUAAUGGAGAUGAUGCAUAUUAUAAAGUUAUGAAUAAAUCAGAAAAGUUGAAGAAAUGUGCAAUCAAAGGAAAGUGUAAGGGAGAUUAUGUGGGCGGUGUAGUCAUUCCAGAUGAGUUUUUGCAAUCAUAUAAAGACCAAAUUGUGAAAGACACUGUUAGAGAAGUAAUGAAAACGUUCGAGCAACAACUUGAACCACGGAUGUUUGCUAAUUUGUCUCAUUCACUUGAAAAUGUGUCCACUAUUCAUAAUAUUACAAAGCAUCUUCAUGAAGGCACUACUGAUAAGAGAAGGAUAAGGUUGGAGUCACAAGUGAAUAUUUGCAAGUUGAAGCUAAUACGAGCUGGAGCUGGAGUAGUGUUAUAG